CGGGUAUUGGGUAAAAUCAGGCUCGCCGGGAUGGAAUUCGCGAUUCUUCCGCUCUCCAAAGAUCCCCGACAUCAUACAUACAUCAAUCCUCCCUCCUCUCUCGCGCCUUCACAAUGGGCUGGUGGUGGAAUUCCUCGUCUCCCAAGGAGGCCUCUCCGGCCUCUCCGGCCCCUCCGUCGUCUUCCUCUCCGCAACAGCCAUCGUCAGACCCUCAACCAUCCGCACGCCCGCCGCCGUUGACUCGCGAGGAACAAGCCGACGCGGAGUUCAAGAAAUUGCUCGCCAGCCUAGAAGGAGACAUCAAUAGCGGCUCUCCGAAAACCUCGCAACAGACCUCAUCCCCAAGCGAAUCAGGCCCCGAAGCCACGGUACCGCCGUCCUCCAUUGCCCCCGAGUCACUCUACCCCGACACCAUGUCCUGCCGCUCCGCUUUCGACUAUGCGUUCUUCUGCCAAUCGUUCGGGGGCCAGUUUGUCAACGUUUAUCGAUACGGAGAGCUACGGUCGUGUAGCGAACACUGGGAUAACUUCUGGCUCUGCAUGAAGACCCGGACGUGGUCCGAUGCGUCGCGCAAGAAGGCCAUCCGCGAUCACAACCGCAAGAAGGCCAUCAAAUUCAAGACGGGCCCCAGCAGUGAGGAUGUCUGGGACUUACGGACAGAGCCGGAUCGAAAUGCCUUCGAGGGGGAUUUUGCCGCGCUGGAGAGGGAAAUGAAGGCCGAGGAAGAAGCCAACCGAACCGCUGGUGCCGUUUAGCGAUCUUCGAGGACAACGCACUGUUGGGGCUUCGUUGUUUGUUAGCACAACAGAUGUCUGUCUCUUGUUGGGAGGGGGGCCCUGUAAAAUACAAUACAUUCAUGUCAUAUCACCUUCAAAGCGUCUGCGGCAUCUCUCGUCUUUGUUCGGUUCUCUGGGUAGAACUUUGACCCUCUUUGAUGUCCAAGGACAACUCCCUGUCGGCUAAAGGGGAUUCGCGCCAGAGUCAUAAUAUUGUUGUCUCUGAAUAAGGAGAUCCUGUCAGGACAAUGACCUCUUUGUUCGCAUUGUAUCCUUUGUCUGUUGGGCUCCACGCCAUGCACUUUCGAGGGUGAAACCUUCCGGAAAUCGCAUAUAUAAACUCCAGUAAACCCAGG